ACCGGGUGGACACGCACACCGUGUGGAUACGGCACGCUUGCCAGACGGCGGAUGUUGGUUAGGGGAUAUCGCGGUAACCAAUCAACGUCUCACAUGCCGUAUAUUUGUGAAUACUGUUUCUGCGUAAGUAAGAUGCUGAAUGGCUGGCUGUCGCAGUUAUUCAGUAUCCCGGCGGCUAUUCCCUAGCGGCGUGAUAAGCGUACCGGUACCGCGUCUUGUGUGUUCAAUCGGCUUGAGAGUACGAGAGUGCGCAUGAAGGCUCACAUAUGGAGAAAAUUGCCGCGGUUGAGCAUCGUUGAUGCUGGGCAUCACUGCUGCAGUGCUCAUCAGCAGGUUAUGUCAGAUUAUCCAACAGUGGCAAGUUGGUUGACGUACGUUUUACGAAUAAAGUGAUAAGAAACAGAAGCUUCCAAGAUGAAUAUGUCAGUGGAGAAGAGAAAAUGCCCGUCGGCUUUGCCGAUCAAUUGGCCUUCGCGGGAAGAACCAUCGAGGAAAAGCCAGAACCAGUUGGCGUCAUCGGGCAAAGUGGACGUUUAUUUUUACAACCGAGGGAGAAGCGACGCGACCUUAGUACCACCAAUCAGACAAACCGCAUCGAUUUUUAAACAACCGGUGACCAUUUACAAGAUGCAGGAAGGCAAAGUGAAAGACGUGAAGCAGAACAAUACGGAGAAACCGAAGCAGGAAGGAAGCGAAAAAUCUGAUGGCAAAUAUGGUUCCCAAGAUAAGCCUAAGCAGCUGUUCUGGGAGAAACGUUUAGAGAGACUGCGAGCCUGUGAUCCCAACGGCUACGAAUUCGAUGCGAUGGACCUGCCAAAGAACUUGAAGCCAGUUGGGCCGAAUAUCACGGAAGAGACCCUGCUGCAGAGUGUGGCUACUGCUUUGCACGUCUCUACUAAUGCAGUCACGGGACAAACAGGCCCAAAAGCAGCCCUUGAGAAGAAUCCUGGUGUGUUUCUUAAUCCGGAUCAACCACUCGUACAGGCGGUCUCGAUAGCAGACGAGGAUCUCAAAAGACAAGAGGAGCGUGUGGCUCUUGCAAGGAAAAAAUUGCAAGACGCCCUACGUGCUUUUCAGACUUAAACUGUAUGCAUCGUCAUUCAUUGUUAUUCGCCGUCAUCCUUUAAUUUUUAAUUUAAGAUUUAAGUUAAGCUCGUAAAUUAUGUCGCAUCAUUUUUGUAAUAAAUGUUUUUUGUAAAGAAA